AUUGAUUCUGUCAACACUCCCCUAUAAUUAAGUAUAUCCGAUGUCUGGAUAUCCCACUACAUCGACGGGCGCAACUGUUCCAUUAACCUCACAGGUUGGAGGUCAUGCUGGUGUACAGACAACCGAAGAUGGAUCCUUGAUCAUCAAGCCCGCCCUCACCUUAGAACACGAAUUUUACCAAUCGCUCACGUCCAAGGACUCGUUCCAAGCCCUGAGACCUUACGUGCCUAAAUUCUAUGGGACACUCAAACUUGAGGGUCAAGUCGAUGAAUCAGAAGGAAGUUUCAAAGAAAUAGAAGGCACAAACAAAGAUACGUUCCUCUCAAACCACCAAGAUGUGACCUCCGAUAUUGACUUCGAUAAUUUACAGUCUCUCGUGCUCGAAAAUCUCUCCCAUUCGUUUGACAAGCCGAACAUUUUAGAUAUCAAGCUCGGAACCGUGCUUUACGAUGAAAGUGCUUCACCCGAGAAAGUGGAAAGAAUGUUAAAGACAGCUCGAGAAACUACUUCGCUUGAAACUGGUGUACGAUUGACUGGAUUCCAGGUUUAUGAUAUUCAAACUGGGCUGGCUGUCAACACCCCCAAGUCUUACGGGAAGUCGAUCAAACCGUCUGAUCUCGCCGAUGGUAUUGCCCGGUUUUUUCCAGUACCUUCAGAGUCCACUUCGAUGGGACUUUCUCCACAAUUCUUGCUUCCGAUCUUAGAGGGUGUUCGGAAGAAUGUUGCAGAAAUCCGGGAAGCUCUUGCGGGAAUGGAGAUGCGAAUGGUUGGUGGUAGCUUGCUGGUCAUAUAUGAAGCAGACCCAAAGAAGGUGGAAGAAGGUAUUGAAUGGAUGAAAAAAUUGGAAGGAGAAGAAGCUCUUGAGGACGAGGAAGAUGAAGACGAUGAGGAAGAGAAGAGUAAACCACGUCCACCAUAUCUGGUGAAGUUAAUUGACUUUGCUCACGCACGGUUCAGACCCGGAGAAGGGCCAGAUGAAGGUGUACUGAAAGGGAUCGACACGGUUUUGCAACUACUGGAGGGGCGUAUUGAACAAGUCAAAAAGCAAGGAACGUAAAUAUCUUUGCCUCCAAGUUUUUUUGUUUCUGUCAUUGCUCGGAUACCCGACUCGCCUGAUUUGACGCAUCCUUUUGCUGAACUCUCGGAGUCCUUCUCAACAAUUUGACCGCAAUUCUCGUUGACCUUCCCCCAAGGCAACCAUGCCGAGAGCUCAGUUCAGUUAUUGUUGUAGUGUUCACUUUUAAAUUUAUUACCGUCGACGAGAAUAGAAUCUAGAUUGUUCAUCUGCCC